ACCGAGCUCGGCUGCCCGAGAUAAAAACGCGCCGACCGCGCGCACGGAGCCGGAAAGGAGAAAACAAACAAGGCGACGCCACCACGCGCCAGUGCCCAGUACGCCACGCCGCUCCGCUACCCCCGCGUGCCGCGCCCUCCCACUCGCGCGCCACCACCUGCCACUCCGCCAGCGGCGAGCGGCGAGAUCGUCGGCAGCGGCCGGAGAAAUGCCCGCGGGAGGAGGGUCGCCGUCGCGCUGGCCGUCGGAGGAGGAGCUUGAUGUCGUACGGAAGAAGGUGGCGGCGAUUAGCGGAAGGGAUGCGAGCGAGGUCAGGGUCGUUGCUUGCCCCUACAGGAUUUGUCCUUUGGGGGCCCACAUUGAUCAUCAGGGUGGAACUGUGACUGCUAUGACCAUCAAUUAUGGAGUACUUCUUGGGUUUGUGCCCUCUGAUGAUACUGAGGUUGUACUCCAGUCUGGUCAAUUUAAAGGUGGUAUACGAUUCAGAGUUGAUGACUUGCAAAAGCCUAUUGAGAACCCAGGAAACAUUAACUGGGAAAGCUAUGCAAGAGGUGCAGUUUUUGCCCUGCAAAAUAGUGGAUAUGAUUUGAGAAAGGGUAUAGUAGGUUAUAUAUCUGGAGUGAAAGGACUCGACAGUUCAGGGCUUAGUUCGUCUGCAGCUGUUGGCGUUGCCUACUUGCUGGCUCUAGAAAAUGUUAAUGAUCUGGACCUAUCACCUGUUGAUAACAUUCAGCUGGACAAGUCCAUUGAAAAUAAAUAUCUGGGUCUUGAAAAUGGUAUUCUAGAUCCAUCAGCCAUUUUAUUGUCUCGAUAUGGCUACCUCACCUUCAUGGAUUGCAAGACUGCGUCACCUUCCUACGCCUACUUCUCGGAGCUGAAUAAAAGCCAGCAACCUCAAGGGCAGCUGCCAUUCAAGAUUUUGUUGGCAUUUUCAGGUUUGCAACAUAACCUACCCAAGUCGCGUGGAUAUAAUACACGAGUUUUCGAGUGCAAAGAGGCUGCACGUGCUCUGUUAUGUGUGCUAGGCUGUGAAGAUGCGCCAAUACUUCGUAAUGUUGAUCCAGGUGUAUAUGAGGCCCAAAAGUGUAUAUUAGACGAAAAUCUUGCCAGGAGGGCUGAGCACUACUUCUCUGAAAUGAAGCGAGUUGCUAAGGGAAGAGACGCAUGGGCUCGUGGAAACCUACAAGAAUUUGGGCAGCUGGUCUCUGCAUCUGGCCGUAGCUCCAUAGUCAACUAUGAGUGUGGGAGCAAAGAGAUGAUACAGCUACAUGAGAUCCUCCUGAAGGCCCCCGGCGUUCUCGGCGCACGGUUCAGCGGCGCUGGCUUCAGGGGCUGCUGCCUCGCCAUCGUCGACAGCGAACGGGCGGAGGAGGCAGCAGCCUAUGUUCGUGCCGAAUAUGAGAAGGCCCAGCCAGAGCUGGUGAGCAAGAUUCCGGCGGAUCGGCGUGUGCUGGUCUGCGAGCCAGGAGACUCCGCGUGUGUCAUAUUGCCAGACCACGACAGCCAUUGCUGAGCACUCUGUUGAUGUCGGAGCGGCCCUCACCGCCGCGCGUGUCAUAUUGUUGGAAGUAACGUUUUGUCUGAAGUGAAACUACUCGAGCUCCCAGUUCAUUUGUGUAUGUUGUAAGAACCAUUCGAUCCGUUCGUUCUUGCCCAAGCAAUAAUCAUCAAUUCAAAGGUUUUUUUCU